AUGGACAACAUCCCUCCUGAACCCCUGCCUCCUAUUCGAAGGAGGAAUUUGGCCUUCUCACCAGAAUAUGGAGAAUUCUUGGGUGUAUCUAUCUUGGAGGUGAUCUCACAAAAACCGCAAGUUCAAGCUUGCACACUAGAAUGUGAAGGGAAAUUGCCAUCUGCCAAAGCCUGGGAUACCUGCAAGGAGCUUCUGCAACUGACCAAGAUGGAUCUUUCUCAGGAAGGAACCAACAAUCAAGAAGAAAGCAAACAAGAUGAGAGUCAUCUUCUAGCCAAAAAAUAUGGGGGCUUCAUGAAAAGGUAUGGAGGAUUCAUGAAGAAAAUGGAUGAGCUUUAUAGAGUGGAGCCAGAAGAUGAGAUGAAUGGAGGGGAGGUCCUUGCCAAGAGAUAUGGAGGCUUCAUGAAGAAAGAUUCUGAUGAUGAUGCAUUGGCCAAUUCAUCAGACCUGUUGCUGAAAGAGCUUCUGGGAACAGGGGACAACUCUGAGGCAGGGCGUUACCGAGAAGGUAAUGAGAAUGAGAAUGAGGAGGAAGUAAGCAAGAGGUAUGGAGGCUUCAUGAGAAGCUACAAAAGAAGUCCAGAACUGGAAGAUGAAGCAAAAGAGCUACAGAAAAGAUAUGGGGGCUUUAUGAGAAGAGUUGGAAGACCUGAAUGGUGGCUGGACUACCAGAAAAGGUAUGGUGGAUUUCUUAAGCGCUUUGCUGAUUCGCUGCCUUCAGAUGAAGAGGGAGAAAGUUAUUCCAAAGAAGUUCCAGAAAUGGAGAAAAGAUAUGGAGGAUUUAUGAGAUUUUAA